AUGAACAAGAACAAAAUUUCUGUAGAAAAAGAGCUAAAUAAAGUAAAACAAGAUGUGAGCCUAAGCGCAUUUAGUAUCUUAUUCAGUGAAAUGGUGCAAUAUUGUUUAUACAAAAGUAAAAGAGGUUAUAGGAUCGAAGAUUGUUUACACGAAAUGGGAUUACGCGUAGGCUAUAAAUUAAAUGAAUACCUAACAUAUAAAAAUAAAGUGAAAAGAAGUAUAAAUAUUAUUAAUAUACUUACAUUUAUUUCAAAAUAUGUAUGGAAAUAUUUAUUCCAGCAUUCUUCGGAUUUACUUAAAUCACAGGACAGUAUAUAUGAAUAUAUGAUAUGCGAUAAAAAUAUUUUACUUAACAAAUUUAUAAACGUACCAAAAGAUUAUGGAAAUAUAAAUUGCGCUUCCUUUGCUGCAGGAAUUGUCGAGGGUUUCCUGUGCAGCUCGGAAUUUCAAGCAGAGGUAACUGCUCAUACGAUAUAUGAAAAUGAUAAUAAUUAUAACACAACUAUUUUUAUUAAAUUUUACCCGGAGGUUGUAGAACGAGAAAAGAACCAUUAA